GUGCUGGCCGGGGCCUCUCCUACGUAUUUCCUCCAUAGUUAAAAGAGGGCGCUUGCGCUUUUUAAAUACUGGCGGUAGCCACCCUACUGGCGGUCAUUGUGCAGUUUCUUGUGUGGUGUCUUUGAGAUCUGCGCCUCUGCGCUGCCGGAGAACCAGUCCCUGUAGCAUUGCUGGCAUUUCACCUGGACUUCGUGCAGCGCUUCACCACCACUUGUUGCUUCUUUCAUCGCCAAGAUGAAUUCAAACAAGCGCCGUUUGCUAGCAUUGGCAGUGCUGUUGACUGAACUAGAAGACGAUGAAAUUUUUUACGGCACCGCAAAACGGCACAAGAAGGAUGACACUGGUAGAAAAGGGCCGGACUCUCACAGCAAGCGGCUCCUUGUGGACCGCCUGAACUCUGGUCCGCACGAUUACAGGAAUCUGCUGCACGUGAGCAGAGAACAGUUCUUACACUUGCUGUCUCGUGUGCGUGCGGGGAUCGAAAAGGACAAGAGUUCUGCGCACCGUCACAUAUCGGCGCAGACGCGGCUUCAAGUGACAUUGCGGUACCUCUCGUCAGGAGAGUUGCCCCAAUCACUGAGCGAGCAGUUCAAGCUGGGAUGCGCAGAUGUGGGGGCCCUCAUCCAAAAAACAUGCACUGUCAUUUACAAAGAACUGAAAGAUGACUUCAUGAAAGCGCCGAAGAGUGAAGAAGAUUGGAAGGAAGUAAUGAGGGUCUUCAAUGAUAAGUGCAACUUUCCAAACUGCGUGGGCGCACUUAGUGGGAGACAUGUGGUAAUUAAGAAGCCGUCAAAGUCCAGCGGCAUGUACUUGAACUCUAAAAAGACAUUUAGCCUAAUUCUUCUCGCUGUUGUGGAUGCAAACUGCAAGUUCAUGUACAUUGAUGUGGGUGCAAGAGGAGCUCAGGAAGGUGACGAGGUGUGGGAAGUGGCACCUCUGCACAAGGCUCUCAACAGGGCUCGUCUGCCAAAAGUUGUGAAGGUGGCGAGCUCUCCUGACAUCCUUCUGCCGCCCAUUUUCGUAACAGACGACUCACUGCCGCUUGAGAGGCGCAUAAUGAAGCCUUUCGGAGACGCCAACCUCACACAAGACAAGAGAAUGUUCAAUGACAGGUUGUCCAGGGCCCGGCAAGUCGUGGACGAUGCCUUUGGGACGAUGGAGAACCGCUUCGGGUGCCUCCGAACCGUCAUCCAAGAGAGACCCGAAAGGGCUGCUGCCAUAAUAUGCGCAAUGUGCGUGCUUCACAACUUUCUAGGCAAUAGGAUGUCUUCUCCACCGGGUGCAAGUGCCGAGGCCAGCUGUGGUGUUUCAACAUUCUUUCGCUUCCCUUUAUCUUGCGGAAAGACUUCACCAGAUGGGGCUGCCAUAAGAGACAAUUUGACAGUGUUUUUCAACAGCUGAGCGAGUUGUUUUGCCAUGACGAGAUAGAGGCACGUUAUUUAAAUAUGACGAAAACCUUAAAAAUACAUUGGGAGAGUCUGACCCAACAAUAAAAGAGCGUUCAAACAGC